AUAGACCUAGGGGAAACAUUGAUCAAAUUAUCUGCAUUCUUCACAACAACAAUGAAUCAAAAGUAAAAAGAAUAGAAAAAUAAAGUAAACAAAAAUUUUAAAAAAAUCAACUUCACUUAACAUUUUGAAAGUUUGAGGCAAAAAAUACUACAAAAUUAAAAAGGUUAAUGUACAAUGUAAGUAAAAAAUUAUCAAUCAUUGUUAUCUGGAGGUCGUGUCAAAGGGCAAAAAUCAAUCCUGUGAUAUGCAUAUAGUUCAUAAGAAUACUAUACAUUUGUACUCUUAUAUUUCAGUUCCUUUAUUAUUCUUAUAGCUUUUUAUUUUAAUGUUAUUUUCUGUUUGACCUGUUUAUGCUCUAGAAGUCUCUCAGUGUUUCAACACCUUGAUAUAAAUUUAAAUGUUUUGCUGUGUUAUUUUCAGAAAUCAGUUUGUACAGUGAUGGUAUUUUUUUUGUACAAAAUAAUCACAGUAUGUUUAAUGUAAACUAUAAAAUGGAUGGAAGAAAUAUGUAGCAUAAGAAUACUACUGUAGUAAACUAAAUAAUAUUUGUUAUAUUUUAUAUCCAUAAGAGCUAUCAGCUCCAGGAGAAAUAUUAGCGAGAGGUCCUGAAGCCAUCAAAGCAUUCACAUAUGAAGUCCAGAAUGGGGAAAUUAUGAUGGUUAAUUCCAGAGUCAUGUUCCUUGGGAAAGAAGGGGUGGGCAAAACGAGUUGUGUCCGUUCCAUGCUUGGCAAAGUAUUUAACAACAAGGAACCAUCAACAGAUGGUAUUGUAACAACAACAGUAUUUCAAACGGUUGAUGGAGAUGGCAGCGAAUGGAAGGAACAGAAGGAUGUGGAUGUUUGUGAACUAACGAAGCAGAUACGUGAGCAUGCCAUCGCAGAAAAUCUCGCCAAAAAGCUGAAACAGCCAAAAAGCCAACAAGACACAACUAAUUCUGCAUCAUCUAGUUCUACAGCUGCUUCAUCGAAGCCAUCAGAAGCAACCAGAAGUGCACGCUAUACCAGGAAACUCCCAGAAGGAAUUCAUGAGAAACUUGUUGCUAAACUUGCUGUACCUGACACUUUCCAUCCUCCUACCCUAUUUGACCAGCCAUAUCAAAGAUCCAGUUUGCUUCAACGAUUUCGUCGAGCUAUAUUUGGUCAACAACUUCAAACAGCAGAGGUACCUAGCAGAAAUCCUAUUCAACAUCACAAGGAAAUUUUUAUACCAAGUGAUGUCACGUGCAUUUGGGACUAUGCCGGUCAACUGACCUAUUAUAUAUCUCACAGGUUUUUCUUGACAGAUGGAUCAUCUUACUGUGUUGUGUUUAGUGUGUUAGAUGAUUUGGAUGCUCUGGCAAACCCAAGAGAUAUCUUACAAGGACAAUUUGAAAUGACAAAUCUUCAGAUGAAUGUAUUUUGGAUGCGGUCAAUAUACGAACAUGCUGUACUUCCCUAUCGUGGAAGGACACGGAAGUUGAUCAAUGGCAUAUCAUCACCCACGAUUAGUUUAGUUGCCACACAUAAAGACAAACUAUUGGGGACUGAGUCAGAAAAGGACAAGUUGAUCACAACCAAGUUCAAAAGAAUAUUUGAUGAAGUCAAAGGAACACCAUAUGAAAGCCAUGUAGAUCGUGAGAUGUAUGUUGUAGAUAACACUGUGAGUAUGGAUGAAGGGAUUGAGAAAUUGAAGAAGAAUGUCGCGGGAUACAUGAAGGCAAUGGCAAAACCUAUUCCCACUAGCUGGGUUGAUUUCCAGUCCAAAUUACAAGACGUUGGAAAAAGAAGACUCCGUGUUUCCUUGGAUGAGGUCAUGGAAAUUGCAUCUGAAUGUGGAAUUUCUAAACCAACGCUCAAAACUGUCCUCGAUUAUCUAAAUGACACUGGAAUAAUUCUGUACUCUAAGACUAAUGAGAAGUUAAAGUACACAGUUAUUACGAACUUGCGCAUGAUGAUCGACGUCGUGACGAAAAUCAUCACAGUAGUGAAACCACAUGAUAUUGACAAGCUGCCAAUACUGAAGCAGUGGUAUAAGCUCGACCGUGAAGGAAUUCUACAAGAACAGUUGCUACAUCAUUUGUGGCGACAUGAGAUAGCGAAAGAUGCCAGCAACUUAGAGGUAUUUUUAGAAAUGUUGAAGAUGUUCGGGUUACUGUUUGAGCAAGAAAAUGUAAGCUGGUUUCUAAUCGUUUAGCAGAAGUAAACCCUUUCAUGUUAUUAUUUUUUAGUUCCUAUGCACAUAAUGCAAUAGGAACUAUUGCAUUAUGUAUUCACUUUUUUGCAUGUGUGUGUAUAGGUGGGUGUGUGUGUGUGUGUGUGUGUGUAGCCAUCUUCAGGAAAGGUUUUCGGACAUUUUUGUUUUACUGACAGUGACAUGCCUAAUGCCCUUGGGAUAAGUUUUCUAACUAUCCUUCCAUCACUUUAUUUUCAUUGCACUCUAUCUUGUCAUACUGUCCCACAUUGCCCUUGUGGAAAAUAUCAAGGUGUCACUAACAUUCUCGUACAAACAGUAUUAACAUAACAAAGUAUUGUGUUUAUUGAUACUGCAUUUAAUAGUAAAUAAUAAUUUUGAAAUAAUACGAAAUAUUGUUAUAUUGCUGUAAUUUUAUUUUUGCCUUAUAUAUUUUUUUUACACAGACAUUUGACCCAAACUGUUUACUUCAAAAGUUUAAGUUUUGUUGAUCACUAUUAAAGAGUCUGAGCGAUUUAAGGAAAGAAUUUGUAUUAAAACUGUGUACGAAGGUGUGGGGGAGGGGAGGAGGGAAGCAGUGCCUCCCUGGAUACGUCCCUGCGAAAGUUAAAAACAAUCCAUAGUGAUAAAAGUAUCACAGUUUAUGUAUUAAGUAGGCCUAUAGGCCAACAUUUUCGCAACCACAGCAUAACACAGCAAAUGGCCUAAAUAUCUUUUCUAAUUGGAGUAUUUCGUAUAUAAAAUUCAGUCACAGAACUUCACUAUCAUACUGCAUAAAGUUGAUGCCUGCUAAGGUGGUUUUGUAUAUUGUUGUCUAGUAGGACAUGCCAGCUCCCCUAUCCCCGAUAUUGUUUCAAACUACUGUAAAAUGAAAAUACUGUA